CCUAACUGCGUGGCUGUUGGAUUAAGACACUGCUGCAGCAUCAGAAGUGGUUUAAUCUAAGAGAAGCAACAGCAGAGAGUGACCUAGUGUCAGUCCUUUUAUUUUGACUGCAAAUACUUCUGGGCAUCAAGGAUACAUACAAGAGGAUACAAUAAUAAAAGGAAGGCAGAGCUUCUUUGACUGGAGCAGAGAGAUAAAUAAACACCAGACACAGCCAUUAUGACCCAGGGCAAGCUUUCAGUCGCGAACAAGGCUGCUGAAGCAGGAGAGAAGCAGUAUGGCACUUCAAGUGGAGAAGCAGGAGGGCCACCGGCCCCUCCCAGCUAUGAAGAGGCCACUGGCGCAGGUGAGAAAGCAGGGCUCAGCGGGGCUUAUCCUAGUGACGGGGAGAUGCUCACAGAAUUCAGCUGGAGUGAUAAAAACAUCCGGCGAAUCUUUAUCCGCAAGGUUUACUCCAUCUUGAUGAUCCAACUUCUUGUCACUCUUUCCAUAGUGGCUUUAUUCACGUUCUGUGAACCAGUGAAGAACUACAUUCAGUCCAACCCUGGAUGGUACUGGGCUUCUUAUGCUGUGUUCUUUGUCACAUACAUUACACUCGUCUGCUGUCCUGGACCAAGGAGACAGUUUCCAUGGAAUCUGAUCCUGCUCGCCGUCUUUACCCUCUCUCUCUCCUAUAUGACAGGGAUGCUAUCCAGUUAUUACAACACCAAGUCAGUGGUGAUGUGUCUGGGUAUUACUGCUAUGGUCUGUCUAACCGUCACUCUCGUCAGCUUCCAAACUAAGUUUGACGUGACAUCAUGCCAAGGCGUAUUGUUUACCUUCUGCAUGGUCAUGAUGGUGUCUGGACUGGUCUUGGCCAUCGCCCUGCCCUACGGAUAUGUGCCCUGGGUGCAUGGCGUCUAUGGUGCCUUGGGAGCAUUGCUGUUUACCAUGUUUUUGGCGUUUGACACCCAGCUACUGAUGGGGAACAAGCGCUACACAAUAAGUCCAGAGGAAUACGUCUUUGCCACUCUCAACAUCUACCUAGAUAUCAUCUACAUCUUCUCCUUCUUCCUCUCACUGUUUGGAACAGAGAGGACAAACUGAAUCCAACUCCAGGCCACCAUCUCAGCUCACCAUCUAAACAGGACCCGUAUUCAUAGUCUCAAACUGCAUUUACACAUGUAGCCAAAUUCUGAUAAUUUUUUCACUAAUUGGUAUUUUGACCAAUCAUAUCAGCUCUGAAAAAUAUCUGAUGUGAAAAGAUCUGAU